AUGUCCAACCCCAACAUUUCCGCCAUCAGAAGAAACUGCGCCACCCCGGACCUCUCUUCCUUGGUCCAAGAGACCACCGACAACCCACCACCGUUCUCUGCCACACACCAGAACCCCCGCUUCCAUCAGCGUGUUAUGGUCGACAUCAUACCCACCGGCCUAAAAACAGCCGCCAGCCAGGUUUCCGAGCAGCUCCAACGCUGGCAUGAUGCUCAUAAAAACAAAUACUCGUCGACAGUCCUCAAGACAUUGGAAGACCUAGCACAGCAAGUGCAAGAGCUUUACGAGGCCAGACGGAGCGGAGUUAUCCGCAUCCGUUCGUCAGGUGAUUGUGCCAAGAUUCUCUGCAUUCUGGCGCAGUUGAAGGCCAUGAGGGAAUACAUGGAUACAGUGGACGACAUGGAAAAGGACUGGGUUUGGGUCGAGUACUCUGAUGCAAAGGCUCCACCUCUGGACACGGAUACUGAUGGGGAGUACGUGGUUGUUGAGAAGAACGGGGAGGAAGAUGUGAACUGGGGAAGAGACAUUGGUGAGCAGGGCAUGAUCGCCACCAUGCAGAUGUACCUGAAGGCUUUGACAGUCUAUUAG